CAGUGAAAGCCCCCAAAAAACAUUCACAAGUUCAACGACACAGUCACACCACUAUCAGUGGCCCCCUCCCCCCCCAAAUAAACCAAUCGAAAAAUAUCAUUCUUUCGGACGCGUGUAUUGGCAGCCGUGUGAGGGAACGGGGCAAGGCUUGCAGAGUGUCGGGCGCUCAGUCAGGAAACUCGGCUGCAUCGAGGCACUACACAAACCUCCAAAUAAGCUCUUCGAGCGGCUGUUGAACAUUCAUCAGCCAAAAAUCAAACAUCCGUCAUCAUUUCUCCUUCCCCGAGCCCCUAAAGUCCCCCCAGUGUGCCCCCGAUCCGAUCAUAAUUAGCAACAAACAAACGUGAGAAGUGCAAUGCCAGUUGUUUAUCCUGGUGCCUCAGUUGCUUUCUGUGUCUGCUAAUGGUGUUUGUGGGAGUGUCGAGGGAAUUUACAGUGCCAGUGCAGUUUAUCCCCGUCGGUAGGCAGUCAUCCAUGGGAUACGUGUGAUAAAUCAUGCCAAAUUGUUCGAAAAUAAUUCAACAAACCCCUGGAGAAUCAACAUUGUUGUGAUAACAGAGUUUUGAAGGUUAUUUUGGACCCUUGUCCUCGCACGAUUGCACUUAUUGGUUGGACGUGAGCACAACUGUGGAAGUUCAUGAUGUGAUUGAAGUUCUGAGCAUUGAGUUGAGUAAUUAGCGAGUGUUAUUUGUAGGUUAUAUGCACCCUAUUGUCAGGGAAAACGUGACGAAUUGACAUACAUCUAUUGAUAGGGAGUUUUGGUGCAAUUGAUAACAGUACAUGGCCCCUUGGGCAAUCGAGAUUGGAGUUGUUUUAUGGUGGUGAACGGUGAGCGUGACCAUAUUUCUGGAGCCUCGUGACUCGUGACGAUGUUAAAGAUGUCAGAGAAAAGCGAUGAGCAUCGCAUAAAUGCACAGACCUAGGACAUCAUGAGGGGAAGAACGCCGUUGGCGGAUGACACCCCAAAGAGGGCUCCGCCUGUGCCCAGGAGAGAGGUGGCACCGGCGGAUACUCUUGGUGGAAGUGUGUCGUGCACGGAGGCAAACAUAUCACCUUGUUUUUCAUCACCAACGGCAGUUACAAAAAUGAUCACAUCAACGAGCAGUGUCGAUGAGCCUGUGAUCACCCAAUCCCCCUCUAAUUACCCAAAACCUCAUCACCCAGACAAGCAAGAGCCACCAUCAACCUAUUAUCGUUCAGUCCAAACAACCCAGGACAAACGCAGUCGUCUGUCAAACGUCAUAAACAGUCUCUACCGCAAAGUACCCCCAAACGAUAGAAAUAGCGUCGAGAGAAACCUCGAGACGCUUGAAAAAUACGUAAUGACGGUGCUAAAUGGCGUCAUCAAGGACGCGGAGACAGAGAGAACCGAUGAAAGUAUAAAAACCGAUGAUAAUGGUUACAAUAAUUCUACCAAUGAAUCAAGAAUCAUCGAUGACGAUGUUAAACAAAUCAAUUGUUUGUCGACGGAGGCGAGUGCUGUGGAGCCGGCGAUACCCAGUCUAUCACUCGGCCAAUCAGGUGAGAGUGAAAAUACGGAAAAAGAUGAAGUGAAAAUAGAGGAUGAGAGAAAGCAUAUGACAUCAUCAUCAUCAGUUGUACCAAUUGACGUUGAAAUGACAUCGAUUCAAGUGGCUACUGAGACGAUUGAUUCAAACCCAGAAAUUCAAUCAUCAUCAGAAUGUUCUCUCGAUCAUUCACCUGAUAAUACAGCUGAAAAAAUUCCCACAAUAUGUUGUGAAUUACUGACAGACAUUUUAAAUGAAAUAAGUCAAACAAUGGAUGAACAGCCAACUCCAUCCAACACUAGUCUCCAAUGCAGUCUUCCCCUUGACAAAGUCGCCCCAGUCCUUAAUAUCAACGAUAGCACAUCCCAUUCAUCAAAGUCCACUGUGCGACAUUUGUGCCUGUACUGUGAUCGUAAAUUUCUAUCUAUAUCCCUUCGUCAACGGCACACAGAGAGAGUACAUCAGAUAGGUGGUGGUAGACGAAGUGAUAGAAAUAGUAGAAAAACAAAUUGCCAGUAUUGCUCCGAAAAAUGUUCUGAUAAUUUGGACGGUCUUUUUCACCACAUGAUUGUCUGUCACACUGACAAAUAUCAUGGCUGUAUUCUCUGCACGACGAGAUAUCCAAGCAAAGAAGCACUUGUAGCACAUACCAAUGAUACACAUCCCAAUGAGAGAAAUAAUAUUGGACACUCGUGUUCAAACGAAUGCGAUACAUCUGAUGGAUUUAAAGAGACUGUCAAACGUGACACUCGCACGCAGAUUAAAAUGUUUACACAAUUGAAAUUAAAUAUUUUACCGCGUGAUGAUGUUAAAGAUAUGUCUGGACAGGAUUUUGACAGUUCUUUCUACAAUCACGUGUCAUGCAACAUUCGUGAAAAUUUACUUCAUCAUUUGGACGGUAAACUUCAUCCCAGUGCUAAUUCACUUGCUGGAUGUUAUCAGGCAAAUUUUUAUGAGCCAACACAGGUGCAGUGCUCUAUUGACAUUUCGUUGACAGCUGCAACGCCAGUGGAUAAUAAAGAUUAUACCACUGGUGAUACGGAAAAUUCGAGUGAAUAUGCACAGAAACCGGGUAAAGUUAGUAGUUGUCAUCCCCGUAGAGUAUCGUUUGAAAAAUAUAAUUUUCCAAAGAAAUACGAUGGAAAGGAGCCGUGGACUGGAAUCGGUGAUCUUAGUAAAUUUGAUAUAUCAACUCAGCUGACACUCAGAAAGAAGCAACAGCUGUUGAAGGACAAAUUAUUGACAUUGGAAUCGAUAAAGUGCGAUGUUAAUUCAGAAAUACCGAGUGAUGUGAUAAAAGAUUCAGACGAUUGUGGUGUAUCGGAGGUGAAAAAUUUCAUUGACGAGAAGGAUUUCAAUGCUACCGAUGAAAAUAAUGUAUCAACUACACAAUUUACCAAGGAAUUUGCAAAUUUUAUAAGACUGAAACGAUGGGAUGACAGCCCUGGGGGCUCCGUCAAGGAUGAAAAAAUUGUUUACGCUGAAUUAACUGGUGAGUGGUCUAGGCCCCGGGUCUAUAUAUGUGGUGCUUGUUCGUCAAAGCAUCAAACUCUGAAGGAUCUCGAGGAGCACAAGGUUAUCAGUCAUCCCAAUGUGUGGUGCUCACAUUUGGAAUUCAGUGGUGAUCAAACGGAGCUCGAUAAGCAUCUUGUGUUACCAGGUAGAGGGGUAGCGAUUAUGAAGGCUAAGGAUGCGAUAUUGAGUGAAAAAGUUUGUACCAAGUGUUUGAAGACCUGUGGCAGCCUUUCUGAAUUGCAUAAGCACAUGCUGGAGUGCGGGGGAGAUCAGACUUGGCUGCUUGGACUGUUUGGGAAUGGAAAGAAAAAGUGCAAGUGGAGGCCCUUUGGAAGUAGGAGGAAGAGGCAGAGGGGCAUGAAGAGGAAUAUUCAGAAUUCCCAGGACUCGAAGAAUCAGGUUAAUAAGACCCCGAAGGAGAAGACUCCUAGUGGACCCAGAAUUCGGCCGAGUGAUCGGGAAAGUAUCGAGAAAAUGCUCGCCAAUUUACCAGCGAAGCGUUCAACCAGAAAAGUCACGCAGGAGCUUAAUUUGCGUUCGCAGGGUCAUCUGUGCAAGAUUCAAACGAGAUCGAAGCAACGAGGGAUGGAAAUCACUUCGACUUCUCGUCUGUCCCGCAAAGCGGUGCUACGAAAUAAAUUGAUAAAAAAUGCUAAGUCUUUUCAACGUAAACGUUGUCGUGGGGACAACAUCAGUGCAGCUAUUGAGAGUGUAAUAAGUAAUUACGAUGUUAACAGUAGGAGAAAUAGACUCAACGAUAAUAUACGAGUUUCAUCGUUGAAUGGUAACGAGAGAAUUUAUAAGAAUGUGACGGUUGUCAGUAAAAGAAGGAACAUCAAGAUGCAGGGAAAGUCGAGCAUGAAAUCACUGAAGAAUCGUAAAACUUCGUCUAUCAAGGCAGCGACGAUUGAGCCAAAAAUCACUAGGUCAAAUACCCAGAAUAAGAAUCAGGAAGUUAAUGUACCAGUGAGAAGACGAAGAAAACCAGCUGAUCCGCAGGCGUCGAUGAAAGCUAAGUCUCAGUUGCGUAGUAACGACGGAAAGUUUGCUCGUAAUCCGGUUAAAAACGAUCCAACUUCAUUAGAUACUCAGUUAAGUUCUUCUAGUCAUUCGAGUAGUACACAAAUUACAAGGAGUUGUUCAACUCGCUUGGCGCCAAAGUCCAAGUUCCGGGAAAGAAUCAAUGUUGGAUUAGCUAGAAGAAUUACCCGGGUGUCUUCUGAUGUGGAUAAAAUGCCAACGCUUGAGCCAGCUGAUAAAUUGACAUCACAUCAAGUUGAAUCUGCUAAAUCUCCUAAUGAGUUACCACUUCUGGUGCCGGCUUCCAAAGUGACAGGGAGAAUGCAGAGUCGAACUAAGGGGAUGGUCGGUAUAAAAAAACGUGGGAAGGGCCGGGCAUUGGCGAAUAAUAUCGACAAAGCAAAGCAAGACCUUGAAGAGAAGCAUCAGGAGGCUGCUGAAGACGUCAAAAUUCCUCGAAGAAAAAACAAAAAAUCUCAGGAGGUUCAAAAGCCUGAUAAUGAGAGUGAAAAUGCACCUGAAAGUGAUCCUCCAAAUAAGAGAGUUAAAUCAUCGACGAGACCUCCUAACAAAACGAGUAGAUCAAACUCACUUGUGAAGAAGGGCGACACUACACGAAUAAGACGAGGUCGCAGGAGCUCUCUGGAAGAUGUCCUAAAAUCCACAGUAUCCUCCUUCGAAGCCCUCACCACCCCCAGCGUUGAGAUCAAAACUCCAAUUGGAAAAAUCAAAGACACCUCCAAGCAGUCCAAUCAAAAGACAGUCAAACCAAGAAAUAUCAAAGGUAAGAGGAAACUUCAGACGGAAUCGGCGAAUGAAAAGCGAGACGUCAGCGCAACGCGAAAAUCACCCCGGUAUUUGGAGAAAAAAUCUCCCCCAAAUGUCGAUGACCCCCCGAAUCUCGAAGUAGUUUCCAACGAAGGUGAAUCAAAAGCGCCCCCCGAGCCACUCCUCCCUCCACCCCAAACCGAAACCUCCAAAUUAGUAGAUAAUGCCACCCCUGCGGUCGUAAACGAGCCAAUUGUCGCCCCUGACUCACCUCAGCUCCCCCAACCCUCCCCAGAUCGUCAUCAUGAGUCAGAAACUCUUGAAAAACCUGAGGAAGUCGUUGAAAAAAUUGACGAAAUUCCCGAAAAGCUCGACGAAGCUCCGGAGAGUGAUGAGAAUCCACCGGAAAAAGAAAACGAGAUCGAACUCGAGUGCGAACUAAUCGAAAAGCAAUCAUCCCCAAUAGAACUGGUUAACGACCUUGUGAGCCUGAGUUUCGAGCAUCUCCAGCAGGAGUCGAGUAAUUCAAACAUAGACAGUGGUAAAGAAAAUUCAUCCGAGACUCCAAUAAACAUAACAAAAUCCAAAAUACCAAAGCCAAAAAAAGUACGUGGACGAAAGCGCGACGGCCAAUCCAAACGCACCCUUAAUAAUGUCAUUGGAAUUUUAACCGAAGGUGUCAAUAUACCUAUUGAGGUGCAGCAGAGUGUUGUCCUUACAGUUCAAACCUCGAUUGAAAGCAUUAAUUUACAAUCGCACAACGGUAACAUUCAGAGUGAAGUGAGUAGAGUUGAAUUGGGGGAUAAUAAUGUUGCUAGUGGUGCGUCUAACAGUAUUAAUGUUAAUUCAACCAGUGGUGAGGCCAAUUUAUCCGUGGAUUCAGUUAAUAAAGAGAACAAUGACGGUGAUUCAGGGGCUAUCGAGGGACUGGGGGAAAAACCGUGUCAGGAGGCAAGUACUCCAUCGGGAGAUGUACAGUCUAGUGAUUCUCAGAUUAAAACAAAUAACUCCAGUAACAAUGCACCAGCUGGAACAAAUACUGUUGAACAAUUCUCGAAUGACAUUAUUCUGGAUCUUUCACGACGUAAGCAGAAUGGAAAGGGCUCAUUCCUGGAGAAAAUUGUCUCGAAAAUAGCCAAACAAAAGGAUGUGCUGCUUGAUAACGAUGUUGGAUCGUUGUUGGAUCAUGCAGUCGAUGAAUUGAGUAUAAUUCUUGAUGAUGUUGGUCCCAAAUCCGUUGAAAACGAAGUCGAUGGGGAAUUGAAGUCCCCCAAGUCGCCACCCAGAGCAGAAGCCCUUCCACAAUCAAAUGAAUGCAAAAUUGAAAAUGUAGAAUCAGCGAAAGAGAGCGAAACAAAAAUUCUGGAAAUAUCAAUUUCUGAUAAAAUCGCAGAGAGCAGUAAAGUUGAUGAGAAUAUACCCAGUGCUCCACCCCCUGUGAACAAUAUCCCAGCACUGCAAUCGAUUAAUCAGGACGAGUCUCGAGAAAUUGAACGCACAUCAAAGAAAAGAUCCUCGGAUGGAACUCUUCCAAUAAAGAACAAAAGAAAAACUGUGAAUGAGGAGGAAGUACCGGACGCCAAGAUAGAGGAUGAGUUGUAUCUCACUGACAUUAUGAAACUGAUAAAUAGUCCACCAAAACGCACCUCGACACCGAUUAAAUGCCCGGACACAACUGACGAAAUGAGAACAGGAAAACGAAAAAUCAGUGAUACGGAGGUGGACAAAUCGAGUGAAACAACGAAUGGAGAUUCAUCAGUGGAAUCUGAUCCUUACGCCACUGUUGGAAGUAAAAAAUCACGGAGAAAUCAGAGAGGUGUGAGGAAGCUGGAUAAAUCGAUACCGGUGAACAAUAGAGGUAGACGCAGCAAUAGGACAAAUACGUCAGUUAAUAAUUCGAGGAAUAUGAGAGUUGAAACAGGAGAAUGUGAAGUUGUCAGAGAGGAGGAUAAAUUAUCGUUGGAGAGCCCUUUGGAUGUGGAUAAAGUACCCGAGGAUUUGGUAUUAUUGAAUAAACUAUUGAAAAUCGAUGAGCCAUUGGAGGUGGAAAAAUCAGCUCUCAAUAAUUCUGAGACAGUUGCUGUGGCACUUGAGGAGUUAAAAAACAAGGAAAUCGUUCAGGAAACUGUUCCGGAGAAACCAAUAAAAUCGAAACGUCGUGGAGCUGCGAAGAAGAAAUCACUGGCCGAUGAACAUCUCGAUUUAUCAGACGAUGAGAUAAAAUCUGGGGAGAGUUUAACAAGUAAAACAGAGGUGAAUCUGGAGGACAAAGAUGGUGAUAAGUCUAGAGUAAAUACAGGUGAUCAGUUGGAGGAUAAAAGUUCGAGUGGAAUGAAUAAUUCGGUGAAAUCUUUCUUUGAAAAAAUCACUCCAGAUGUUACCAAUGAUUCGUCGAGUGCUACGAUUGAGGGGACAGUGAGAUAUUUGUCACCGGUGAUUCAUCGAGAGCAGAAGUCAUCAAAGAGGAGAAGUAAUCAUGAGAAGGCUGAGGUUUUAUAUACCGAAGUCGCUGAGAAAGUGAACGAUGCACCUGUUCAAAGAAGACAGACAUUGAGAAGAAAAGCCAAGGAGAAUAUAUUUCUCAUUGAGGAACUGCUUGACUUCGGGGACGAUAUUGAUAGUCCUUCAGAUGUGGAUAGAGUCAAAGAGGACGAGAAGAACGCGUGCGUGGUGAAUGAGGAUAAAGAAGCGGAGGGUGAAGCCGUCGUAGGGCCACUGGAGGAGACAAUUAGAGAGGCCAAUGUUGCUGAGGUACUCACGGAUGUGAAGGAAGUGAAGUCGUUGAAGUCUGAGGAAGCACUCACUGAAGAUGUCUCGAAGACAAAUAAAGAUAUUACUGAACAAAAUCCUCAAGUUCCGGGGAAAAAUGAUCCAAUUACUACUGAGCCAGUUAUUGAGGAUGAGACUCAGAGCCCGAAGAAGAGGGUCUCAGGUAACUUUGCCGUUGUUCACACAAAAUCCGGGGAAAUUUUAAUAGUCGAGAAGAAGAAAAAAUUUACGAAAGAAGCAGCGAGAUUUUUCUGUGACGUGUGUGCUACAAGUUUUACACGUAAAAGCUCCCUGAAAAAGCAUAAUCUUUCACAAUCACACAUUUUACAGGUAUCAAAGUGUUGUAACGAGCAGGAGUCAUUGUCCCUCAUUGAAAAAGUAACUUCGGAAGUUAAGAGUUUGGAGGAUAGUUUUCUUCACGAUGAAAAUCCGAAUGGUAAAGUUUCGGGGUGCGAUGUGGUGGAAACGAGGGCGGAAGACGUGGUGCCCGAAGUACCGCUGGCUAAUUCAACGAUCGAUACCAUCGAGACGGCUGCGAAGCCCGAGCUCUUCAAUUCUCAACUCGAGGAGGAACUGUUGGACGAGGAAAUUUGUAAAAUAACACAGAACAUGACGCACGAUGAUUACGUUCUCACUGACCAUAUAAGCCCUGAAGGGGUGAAGACAGAGACGACGAAGAAAGAGGUCAAUGACCCGGAGACACUUGAGAAUUUUGAAUCAAAACAGAAAGUUAAUUUGGCUGAUGAGCAUUUGCAGCUUGAGUCACCGCGUUUUACGCAUCAGGAGGCUCAAGGUGAGGAUAAGGUUGUGGUACCAGCGUUAAUCAUUGAGGAGAUUGUCCCCUCGACUGGGGUAAUUUCUCCAACUUUGGAGAAUUCCAAGAUAUCACUAGACUUCUCCAAUAUCACGGAGAAGUUGAAGGGAAAAAAUUUCUUGGAGAGUGAGCAGAAGACCUCGAGCACAAGCUUUGAAGACAUCAAAAGCCUUCAGGAAGAAAAACCUCAGAGUGAAAUAGACCUGAACAAUUCAAAACCUGUAGAGGACAUGAAAAUUAACACCCCUAUUUUUGACUCUGCCAAGAAAUCAAAAUUCACCCCCGAAAAAUCCCCUAAAAAAUCAAAAAAUCGUAACAAGAGAUCAAAGAAAAAAUCAAUAGCCGAACUUGUGCUCUCUCACAGCGAGGACGACAGUGACACUGAGAAUGUAAAAUCUCAGGAUAAAAAUAAAAUAGUGAAGAGUGUUUUUGGUCGUGCAUUCACUGGUGAAAAACUGGAUAAAGUUAUGGAGGUCCUGGACGACUGGAAUUCAAAGUCAGAGAGUGACUCACACGACGAUAAACCAGAUAAAAACAAGCCAGUGAGAGAGAUAAAGGACAAGGGCAGUGACAAGACUGAGAGAGUUCGUAAAUCGAAUAAACAGAGUGAAUCCUUUUCCCUGGAAAUUAACUCCAGAUGUAGACAGAGUAAGAAACGCGCUGAGGAGCGAAUAUCUCGAGCAUUUGAGGAGGAAUCCAUUCCCUAUCAUCUGACAUUUGACUCACCAGAGAAAGAAUUGGGAGUGAAAAAUAAAAUUGGUGAGUUACCUGGGGAGAGUCCAGGUAACAAAGAUCCAAAAGCCAAAUUUAAAUCAAAAAAAUCUCCGGAAGGGGUUUAUCAUGAUGAGGGGAAUAAGGAGGUCUCGUCACCGGUGUCGACUUUUCCCUCGACUUUGAAACGUAAAAUUAUGAAUGAGGAGGGCUCCCUGCAAGAUACAAACUCGAUGGAAUCGAUACACACUCGAGUGCCGAGUUGUCCACGCGAGCGUUCUUCAACCCCUGACCUCAUUUCCGUGACAACAAGAGAUUCUUACAACGAGGGGGAUGAUUUCAUGGACGGUGGUAAUGAUGAUGAUGAUGAGGACGAACAUAUGUCGAUGCGUGGACGUUUGUCACCAUUCUAUGCGAGUAAUGCACCAGAGAGUUCCAUGAACAGUGGAACAAUGUCCACCAGCAAUCACCUGAACAAUGAUGGGUUUGUGGAGACGAGGAGAGGAAAUUCCACGGAAUUUUCAGGUGAGAAGAUUGUGAUAAGGUCACCGGUUCUUUCGAGCCAAGAGAGCUGUCCAGGGGUCGUUACAAUAGCACCCACUGAUGCUAUUGAGGACAAUGCUCUGGAUGUACCUCAGGAGAUCGUCGAGAUGAAGGAAAAACCUGGUAUUCCAAGACAGGGAAAAGUUCUCAAUUUUGAUGAGGAACUGUUUGUCGAGUGUUGCUCGAGAUUGAAAGCAACUACUGAGAAUGAACUCCGGGGGGCUAAGAAGAUCAAGCUGGACCCAACUGAUGACUAUCAGAGCAGGGAUGAGAACACUCAGCAGUCGUCUCAGGGCCCUCGACAAGUGCCGGAUAGGUGGAGGGAUGUUGAGAGCCAAAACAGUCUGGGGAGCCUUCUGGAGUCGGUUAAUCAGUUACUCGGGGAGGAGAUGUACAACAGCAAUCGCCGGGGUGACUCUCACAAGCGUCGAAACGAUCACCGGGAGAGAGUAAGCCCACCCAGGACUCCACAAACUGAUUUCAUUCGUCCUGAUAACAUCAGUUAUGAAGACAGUCUCGAUGUUGCCUUCGAACACAACAACAAACUACGGGAUAAGAUUCAACAGAGAAUGAGGGAGAGUGAGAACAUGAUUGCCACCUCCUUCGGGCAGAAAGUCACAUCCAGAAACUAUAGACAGUACUACGACCCUCAGCCUGACAAAGCAUCUACUGAGAAAGUUAAACUCCAGGAGGACAACUUCAGUAUGAACUACUCGUCAAAGCACAUUCCCCUCGAGUCCUUGCCUAUCAAAAAUAAGAUGAAUCCGAGUAUGGAUGGCUUUCUGGAUGAGGCACUCUCGAAUAUACUUCAUCGCAAUGGAAAACAUGAUCACAAUGGAUCAACACCAAUGAACGUUCUGGCAGAGCUGGCCUGCGCCCAGGUACCGACCUCGACGACUCCAUCGACGCCGACACCCCUGGAGAAGCCUGUGAGAGUCCCGUCGGCCCACAGCCCUCACAAGGAUCCCCCGAAGAAGCCCCGCAACCCCAUCAGGGAGCUCUUUGAACGAAAGAAGGAACUCAACGAUCGUAAGAGGCCCCCAGUCCCACCACGCCAGCGAUCAAAGAAAUCAAAGCACCAGACCAAUUCCCCCCUCAUCCGGAAGAGCCAGUUCGGAAUUGGUCUCGCCGAGCGUAAGAAACGUCACAACGACAAAAAGUCCGAGAUUAUCGGGACAAAGCACCAGAAGCAAGUGAAGGACGUCUACGACUUUGACGAGGAAGACAGUGGUGAGGCGAAAUUUUCAGUAAAAUCCUCGUACAGAUCCCAGUCUGAGAGGCCCACCGAUUCCAUUGUGAACAACAUGAAGAACUCCAGUGACAUCAACGUUAAUGAUCUGAUGUCCAAGACAAUAGCAAAGACCCUGGACAAUGGAAAGACCACGGAGUCUGCUGAUAAACGCCUGGACAAAAUGAUCGAUCGUAAAUUCCAGGACAGCGAUUUGUUCUUGCCGAAGACCAAGGGAGCGUUGAAGUCCUUCACCCAGGAGGAGAGGAAUCAGAGGGAGAAGAUAGGUCCAAUGGAUAAUUUCGUGGAGCGUAAACACCACCGAAGCAGGAGAUCAACCGAGUGCUCGGGGAAGACGACGAAAAAGAGAAAGAGCAAGGGUUCCAAGAAGAGAUCGCGAAAUGCCUGGUACGAGGAUGAUAGCUCAGACGAAUUUGUGACAGCUGUCAAGGCUGAUAGUGUUGGGGUGGGUAUCACGAAGAGCCAGAGGACGUGCUCCAAGGGAAAGCAGAAUUUAUUCGCUGAAAUGUCGUCGACGUCGUCAGAGAGUGAGCAAGAAGAGCUUGAGGAGAAGACAGCUGAGGCUGACGAUGCCAAGACCUUGGAGAUCAGUGAGUGGAUGGAUGGAGUCAAGGCUGGAAGUGGAGACGUUGAUGACAGUGAGAAAAUUGAAUCUGAUUCACCUCUGGUGAUUGACGAGAAAGAUUCGGAUGGAGAGAAUAAUUCUGAUGAUGAGAAUAGAUCAGAGCGAGGAUUUGAGCUCGAUGAUUUGUACAGGGAGGGCAGCUCUGUGGCAAGUUCAGACAGUGAGGAAGAGGCCCCGAAGGUUCUUGAGGAGAACGUUGAAGAGGUGGAGAACAAGAAGUUUGAGGACAGCGAGCUGAUACCUCUGGACGAGGCCCUGGUUCUUCUGGACAGUGCCCAGAAGAUCGAGGAAAAGACAGACUUGGAUGAUGGGAGGGAAAAUGCUGAGAAAGUCGAGACUGCUGUUGAUGUGCCGACAGAGGAUUUACCAGAAAAAUUGUCUUCCAACGAGAAACCGAAGGAGAAAGCCUCUGAGAACCUUCCCCUCCACGUCUUCUUGAGCCGAAAAGUCCAGGAGUCGAAGAAAAAGAAAGAGGAGAAGCUGAAGAAACUCCAGGAGAAAGAGCGGGAGAGAAUACGAGAGCAAGAGGAAUUGGCAGCUGAUGAGGGUGAUAGGGGGAAGGAUCAGUUGGUUGAAUUUCAGUCUACGAGACGUCAGAGAAAAUGUGCUAUUGGUAAACAGGGACUUUUGGCUGAGAUAAGCAGUUCUGACGAGGAGUUUUACUACCGAGAUGGUGAGAGACGUGGGAACGAGAGGGCUGAUGAAAAAUCGAAGAGACAGAAGAGAGAAUCGAAGGAGAAACGGAAGGAGAGGUACAUGGAGAAGAAGCACGAGCUGAUGAUCGCCAAGGAGCAGAAGGCCAUUGAGGAGGAGAUCUUGAGGGAGGUGAAGAUGAAGAGGGGAGGUGAGGAGGGAGCCAGGAGUUCUGAGGACACCGAGGGCUGCAAUCAGGCCCCGGAGGACAAGGGGAAGAAGGAGAGGACGAAGAGUUUGGGGCAUGAGGGGAGAAAAGACGAGAACAGAGGGAAAAAAAAUGGUACCAGUGAUACCGAGAAUAAGUGUAAUAAAUUCGAGAGGAAGAGUAAUGGGAAUAGGAGGAAGGAGGAACACACGAAGGACACGUCCAGUGUCAGGAAUGAUAAGGGUGAUAAGGAGGAGGUGACGCCUGAUGGUAGCAAAAAUUGUAAGAAAUCCAGGAGAUCGACGAAGCCGGGGAGCAGGAGGAAUAAAUCGAAUGGUGAGGCCAGGAGGAGCUCCAAGGAACGGAGGUCCACUAGUGGCAAACGUGAUAGUGAUGAUGAGGAAUUGAGGACUACGAAGUCGUGGAAUAAGGUCGAUGAGGCUGUGGGGGUGGCUAUUGGGAGGAGGAAGAGGGCUGCUGCUAAUCAGCUGUAUUAUUGGUCGAGCUCUACUGAUGACGAUGAGGAUGUUGUGCCCGUGGGGCCUGUCGUCGAGGAGGAGGACGACAGGCAGGAGCAGCAUGGCUGGAUUGUCGGGGACUCCCACAAGAAGAUGAUUACCAUGCUGGCAAUGGAGAAGCAGCUGAAGGAGAAGAGGAGGAGGAGUGAGGACGAGUUUGAGAGUGGAAAGAUGAAGAAUAAGAAGCACAGGAAUAGCACAUCUUGAUAUGUAUUUCAUGAUUAAGGGGGAGGAAUUUUUACCGGGGGGUGACGACAGACAGGGGUCGUCAGACGAUGUUCAGUUGAUUUUUUUUAGUUCGAUUGAUUUAGAGGAUUUUUUUUGGGAGGAGAUGUGCAGGCGAAUAUGUAGAGAUGAGUAGGUUUAGGCGAAAUUGGGAUUUCUUUAUGUUCAGGGAAUUUACUGCCAGGAAUAUUAAAUUAGAGAGGUAAUGUCUCUAUGAAUUUAUUUAGCAACAAUAAUCGACGGCUGUUGUGCUUGGUUAAGUGAUAAAAUGGGGUCUCUAAUGAGUGUAAAUAUUAAACCUCACUUGCGAUGUUGGUAGCAUCCACUGGCUUAGGUUUUCAAUACGAUUUAAUAAUAUUAUUUAGACUGAAUACGUAGGGUAGAUGGUAAAUGAGAAAUUUAAAUGUGAGACGUGUGGCAUCUUUAGACAAUACGAGUAAAUGUUAUUCACUGUUUUUUUUUGAUGAUUUCGGGGGAAUUCAUCGGCUUUUCGGUGUAUCAUUAGCGAAUUUGUCGCUUUGUCGAGGGGAAUAUUAUGAUUGGAGGGGAGACAACAGAUGUCCCCUCUCAUUCUUUGAUUUAUUAUGUUUUCAACAUAUCGCAGUCAUACAAAACAGAUCACUGUAAAUGUCUAGAAUAAUUAUAGUAAAAUUCAUGAGUAAUUGAAUGAUAAGACGAUUAAGAUAUUUCGCAAGUUCUUUUUCCCUUUUUAAUUUUUUUUCUGGGAUCUCAGCACUCUUCUCGUGGAUCUUUCUCAUCUGAAUAAUUAAAUAUGAGUUGCAAUUGAUGAAAGUAAAAUGAAGCUGAAAGAAUUUACGUUGUGAAUCUAAAAAAAUGAUAGAGUGGAAUGCACAUAUUAUUAAAAUAUACAGAUUUUUACGUACAUACUUGAAAUAACCUGUUUAACGAUAUAGAUGAUUAAAUUUAAUGUGGCGAUAUAGACUUUAUUGUAAAUGUACUGCCAUAAUCCCAAUAUAGUUGACACGUAUGGUGAAAAAUAAUGAGAAAGCCUAUGAGAGAUUGAUUAAUCAUUAUCCUGUAAAAACACAAGGUUAAACAAAAUUUUUGGCACAAAGAAACAUACAUUCAAUGUAUAUAGGAUCAUAUUUUCAGUGUGUCAGAAAAACAAGUAUGUUUUGUAACAUAAGUAAAUGCGAAUGAUAAAUAAAAUUACUGUAAAGAGUAUAAUCAA